AUGCAUAUUUGGUGCGGGAAAGAGGGCGGAGACACUCCGCCGCCGCAUGGCUGGUAUGAAAAUAGCUCAGAAACGGGUACCCAACAAAGUGGCGAAUCCGGCUCAGCAGACACGGCUCGAGACCCACGAGGCUUCGCUGUGAAAUUUUACACAGAGGAAGGAAACUGGGACUUAGUCGGCAAUAACACACCAAUUUUCUUUAUUCGUGAUCCAAUCCAAUUCCCUAACUUCAUCCACACUCAAAAGAGAAACCCGCAAACACAUCUGAAAGAUAUGGACAUGAUGUGGGAUUUCUGGGGACUUCGACCCGAAUCCACGCAUCAGGUGAUGUUCUUGAUGUCGGACAGAGGAACUCCUGAUGGGUUCCGUUUCAUGAACGGCUAUGGCUCUCACACCUUCAAGAUGGUCAACGAACAGGGAGAACCGGUUUAUUGUAAAUUCCACUUCAAGGCACAAAAGAUCAAGAACCUUUCUGCGGCGGAUGCAGCACGUCUUGCUGGCGAGGAUCCAGAUUACGCAAUUCGCGAUCUGUACAACGCAAUUGAGAGAGGAGACUACCCGCAAUGGAGGCUCUGCAUUCAGGUGAUGACAUUCGAGCAGGCCGAGAAAUGGCCGAUGAAUCCAUUUGACGUCACCAAAGUCUGGCCUCACGGUGAAUUCCCAUUGAUUCCCGUUGGUACCAUGACCCUCAACAGAAAUCCGAAGAAUUAUUUCGCUGAGGAAAAUGUUGCCAGAUACUUACAGGUGGAGCAAGCAGCCUUCUGUCCAGCUCACGUGGUUCCCGGAAUCGAAUUCUCUCCAGACAAAAUGCUCCAAGGUCGACUGUUCUCCUACACAGAUACCCACUUCCAUCGUCUGGGCCCGAAUUAUAUCCAGCUGCCCAUCAACUGCCCGUACAGGUCACGAGCUUAUAACACUCAACGAGAUGGUGUGGCUAGUUACGACAAUCAA